CAGAGGCACGAUGAGAAUAAUGCCGAGAUCAUCAUCCAACGGCCUAGGCAAAUCCGGCAAGGAGAGCCUGCCUGCCUCGAUGACUCGACCCAAAAAUGACACGAGUUCUUCAUUCUGCGCCUGUCGUGAACAAACGAAUCAACCCUCAUAAUAUGAGCAUCGAACACUUACACAUCCUCGAAUUCCCUCAUGGACAUUCAUUAUCCCAACACGCCGCCGAGGGUAGACACCUCCCAAGCUUUGCAACGGGUGCGCGGUGUCUCCACUGCCAUGGGGACUACGUUCUCAAAUCCAGGCUCAUCAUUGGCCACUUCCACGAUGGCAAACGGAUUGACCAUUCAGACGGCCUCCGAGUGGAUCCGUAUCGGGGGAUGAAGAUAAGACCGGACGGGGACGGCGUGCAAAAACACGGGCGGAAAGAAAAUAAAAAAAACGGCGUUCGGACCAGGCCAGCAUCACACCAUGAACUCGCCCCCGUCAACUGUCGAAAAACGGCUCCUAGCCACUGCAGAGCAUCUGGUUGGGAGGAACAGAGCUCCGUGGGUACAUCCAAAUUUAGAGCAGGGCGUUGUGCCGGUCAAAGGCCGACAACUUCGGGCCUCGCAGGCCAUUCGCAAGGGCGAGCUCUUGCUGGUGGACGUGCCCUAUGCUGUGAUUCCGGUGGUGGAUGAUCCCGCUAGUAGCGAUGGGCUUUUGUGCAGUAAUCCGGCCUGCAGUCGACAGACGCAAUGUGGUUCGGGUCGGAUAGCUUGUCCGAAGCGCUGUAUUGCGGAUGUAGUCUGGUGCUCGUCGGCAUGUCAGGAACUGGAUGAAGCGAGGCAUGGGUUUGAGUGUACCUGGUUGCAGAGAUAUGCUGGGCCGGUGCGCGCGAAAUGGGGCGAGUAUGACUUUGGGAUGUUGUGGCUGAUUGUGCGCAUUCUGGCGUCACGGCAGGAGGAGCUUCAACAUGGUGGUGGCCAUGUUAACGAAACGUCUCCGCGGUUCCAAGGUGGCUGGGAUUCCAUCCAGGAAUUUUGUGGCUCGACGGAGAGCUGGUCGCACGCACAGAUCCGAUCAUGGACUGCCUUGGUCAAGAAGUAUCUGCGCAGUGGCCCGGUGCUUCCACAUGAUUUGACAGCCGAUGAGAUCGUGGCGCUCAUCUGUCGGGAAGAGGCCAACUCUUUUGGAUUGUAUCCUCGGGAGACCGGUGUUUUUCCUGUUCCGGAGCCAUCUGUGGAUAGGGGAGAUCAGUAUGGCGCGGCCGUGUAUCCUCGCGCCGCUAUUGCGAAUCAUUCGUGUUGUCCAAAUAUCAUGCACAAGCCUGACCAUCAAGGUCGAAUGGUCUUCACUGCCUCGAGAGAUAUCGCGGCUGGAGAGGAGUGCUGCAUCUCCUAUUUCGAUCUGACCAAGCGGGUUGAGUUGAAGGAGCGACGAGACCAUCUGCAGGGUCUGUUCCGCACGGGCGCCAGCACCGCCGAAGUCAGCGACCAUGAAUCCCAAUCACAAUCCCAAGCCAGCCCGAUCAUGGCCUCAGGAUCGCAGCAUCUGCACCGCAAGCUGCGCGGCAAGGAAGUACAGCUCUUUGCGGUCGGAGGGGCAAUUGGAACCUCACUCUUUGUCCAGAUGGGCGCUGUAUUACCCAAGGGGGGCCCAGCGGGGCUGUUUCUGGGCUUUGUUGCGUACGGGACGAUUAUUUUGGCGGUGAACCAGUGUUUUGCGGAAAUGGUGUGUUACUUGCCUAUCCCGUCUCCGUUUGUUCGGUUGGCGGGUCAUUGGGUCGAUGAUGCAUUGAGCUUUGCGAUGGGGUGGAAUUUCUUCUUUACUAUGGCUCUUGGGAUCCCAUACGAGAUUGUCGCGCUCAAUGUGCUUCUGACCUACUGGACGGAUCGUGUUCCUGUUGCUGCGGUGGUGGUGAUUGUGAUGGUUCUUUAUGCGAUCUUGAACACCCUUACAGUUCGCUACUUCGGCGUGUCUGAGUUCUACCUCUCAUUCUUCAAAAUCAUUUUAAUGCUGGGUCUGAUUUUGUAUACCUUUAUCACGAUGGUGGGAGGAAAUCCGGACCACGAUGCAUACGGCUUUCGAUACUGGAAUGAUCCUGGUGCAUUCGUAUCAUACAUCGUCCCUGGCAGCGUCGGUCGCUUCUGCGGUGUGUUGGUAUGCAUGGUUCAAGCAUCCUUCACAAUGGUCGGCCCCGAGUACAUCUCCAUGGCAGCCGCCGAAGCCGAGCGACCCCGACGGGUCAUGCGCAAAGCCUACUCGUCAUUCGUCUGGCGUCUAAUGCUCUUCUUCAUCCUGGGGGCACUUUGCAUCGGCAUCGUGAUUCCCUACAACGAUCCCAUCCUGGCUGCCACUCUCGCCGGAACCCGAAAAGGCAGUGGAACUGGAGCAGCCUCCCCCUACGUAAUCUCCAUGACGCACUUCAACAUCCCUAUCCUCCCCUCAAUCAUCAACUUCCUAAUCAUGACCUCCGUCUUCUCAGCAGGAAACAACCUCGUCUUCUCCGCCGCCCGAACCCUCCACGGGAUGGCCCUGACGGGCAAAGCCCCCCAUUUCUUCUCCCACUGCAACCGCCACGGCCUCCCCUACAACGCCAUCCUCUUCUCCCUGUCCUUCUGCUGUCUCGCCUUCCUCCAAGUCAACACCUCCUCCGCCACAGUUCUCACCUGGCUGGUGGGGGUAAUAACAGCCUCCUACCUGCUCAAUUACCUCGGGACCUGCAUAACAUACUUACACUUCUACUCUGCUCUCCGGGUGCAAAAUAUCCCCCGCGACAUGCUUCCUUACAAAGGUUACUUCCAACCCUACGCAGCGUGGUACGCUGUCUUCGGGACAGGAAUCAUGACGUUGAUAUUGGGAUUUGAGUUGUUUAUUCAUGGGGAGUGGGAUACCACGACUUUUUUCUUGGAUUAUACCAUGGUGGGGUUUUUUGUUCUGGCGGGGGUGGGGUGGAAGGUAUUUAGGGGGACGAGGUAUGUUUGGCCCCGGGAGGCGGAUUUGGGGGUUGGUGGGUUGAGGGACGAGAUUGAUGAGGGAAAGAGGGAGGGGUGGAGGGGGGUUUGGGAUGGGUUAUUUGAGUAG